GGGCGAUGCGCGCUGGUGGCGCCGGCUCGGGCCGCGGGGAGGGAGGGCCCAGCCGUCCGGGACCCGGGCGCCGCCGCCAUGGGCCUGGGCGCCAGCGCCGAGCAGUCCCCGGGCGGCGCCGAGGGCUUCCACCUGCACGGGGUGCAGGAGAACUCGCCAGCCCAGCAAGCGGGCCUGGAGCCCUACUUUGAUUUCAUCGUCACCAUCGGGCACUCGAGGCUGAACAAGGAGAAUGACACACUGAAGGCUCUGCUGAAGGCCAAUGUGGAGAAGCCUGUGAAGCUGGAGGUGUUCAAUAUGAAGACCAUGAAGCUGCGCGAGGUGGAGGUGGUACCCAGCAACAUGUGGGGUGGCCAGGGCCUGCUGGGAGCCAGCGUGCGCUUCUGCAGCUUCCGCAGGGCAAGCGAGCACGUGUGGCAUGUGCUGGACGUGGAACCCUCUUCACCUGCCUCACUGGCUGGCCUGCGCCCCUACACAGACUAUGUGGUUGGUUCAGAUCAGAUCCUCCAGGAGUCCGAGGACUUCUUUACACUCAUCGAGUCCCACGAGGGGAAGCCCUUGAAGCUGAUGGUUUACAACUCCGAGUCCGACUCCUGCCGGGAGGUGACUGUAACUCCCAACGCAGCCUGGGGUGGAGAGGGCAGUCUGGGGUGUGGUAUCGGCUAUGGGUAUCUGCACCGGAUCCCAACCCAGCCUUCCAGCCACCACAAGAAGCCACCUGGUACCCCGCCACCUGAUGACCUGCCACCUGAUAUCCCACCAGCCAGACCCACACCCCAGGACUCUCCUGCCCCUCCUGGCCCAGAAAGAGGCUCCGGGCAGGGUGACUACAUGGAGGCCCUGCUGCAGGCGCCCGGCUCCUCCAUGGAGGGACAGCUUUCUGAGCCUGGGAGUCCCAGCCUCGGCGCUCCAGACCUUGGGGGACUUCCAUGUCCCAUGGAGACUCUUCAGCCUCCACCUCCAGUGCAGCGCGUCAUGGACCCAGGCUUCCUGGACGUGUCGGGUAUCUCCCUCUUGGACAGCAGCAAUGCCAGUGUCUGGCCCAGUCUGCCCUCUUCCACAGAGCUGAUCUCCACAGCUCUCUCAGCCUCCGGGCCUGAGGACGUCUCCAGCAGUGGUUCUCACGAGCGUGGUGGUGAGGCCACAUGGUCUGGAUCAGAGUUUGAGGUCUCCUUCCCGGACAGCCCAGGCAUCCAGGCCCAGCCAGACCACCUGCCUCAGCUAACCCUUCCUGACAGCCUCACCUUUGCAGCCUCACCAGAAGAUGGGCUGUCUGCUGAGCUGCUCGAAGCACAGGCUGAGGAGGAGCCGGCAAGCACAGAGAGUCCAGAUUUCGGGGCAGAGGCUAAGGGGGCAGCCAGCCAGGCCCAGCUCUCCACCCCCGAAUAACACCGUAGGCUGUGUUGAGGCCCCUGAUGGCAUCUCAUGAGGCCUAGAUGUGGGGAAGCAGCUUAGGCUACACUAUGCAGCCCAGUCCCUCCCUGAUCCCGGCCCAGCACAUACAGCUUCCUAGGCAGUGGCUCCCCGGAUGUGCAGUGACUUCUGCAGGGGAGGGCUUGUGUGUCCACAUAGACCCUCCUGGUGUCCAAGAAUGACCUCCCAGCAUUAAUUCUGCCUGAUGGUCCUGGCUUUGGGGAAUCUUGGGGCAGUGGGGGGCUGGGAGCAGUGCCCAGAUGAAGUUUUGCAGGAGCUGGGGUAGGAGAGGAAAGGAUUCUGCUGCUUGGGUGGUGCAGAGAGCUUCAGGGGGUAGGAGGAGGCAGCGUGGGCCUGGAGGAAGGGCAUCUUUUGGCCGCAUAGCUUGAAGUCCAGUGCUCCUGCUCUGGUCACUCUGGCCGCCCUGGAGACAGCAGGGUCCACACAGGGUCAGGUGUGCACAUGGAGCGGAGGAGCAGGGAAUAGGUUGGAGUGUUUGCCUGACAUUUCGUAGGGCUUGCCUUCAAUCUCGUACAGCUCAGCUAGCCGUGUGUGUGCUGGAAGGCAACCCCCUGCCCUGGGGACCCCUGAAACCCCCGUGACUGUCCUGUCAUGUGCUCUCAUCUCUGUGCUACACUCCACAGUUGGCUCAGGCUGACCUGCACCAUCCCAGCUGGAGAGAAGCAGUAAGCUUGUCCACCUCUCUGGAGAGACGGGCUGGAAAUUUAGGCCCUUCAGCAAAGACUCACUUGUUCUUGGACUACAAUGUUCUUCCCCAGGGCCUCCACCCCACAGGACCCCAUAUCCCUAGUGGUGACUUCUUUUGGCUCCCAACCUUAAUUAAGACAACCAUCUCUUCUAAACAUAAAGGGCAUCUGGUCAGUCCCAGUGGUGAAUAAAAAUGGCAAAUUUAAGUUCACCAUCCUGAGUAGACUCUCAAAGCUGGUCCUGACUUUAUACAUAGCUCUUUAUACAUAGCUCCCACGCAAAGGGGGAAUGAGGGGCCUGGGACUAGAAGCCAUUCUAGUCUUUCCCACAGUAUGGGAGGAGGCUGUUCCCUCCACCACAGGUGCCCCGAGAGGCUGAGACCAGGCCAGGUCUUCGGCCCUACCUGGUUUAUGAAGGAAGAGGAGGGCUCCAUGCAGGAACAGCUCCACCUCCCCUCACCUUCCCACAUGCUGGUUGCCAUGAAAGCUGCCUCUGGCCUGGUCUUCUAGUUGCUACCCAGUUAAAAGUUCCGCCUCUGCCGCUUGAUCUGUAAUGUGUGCACUUAACAGGGCAUUCAGAGUUGUUAGGCCCAUAGGACAAGGACUGUCUGCUUUGGGGGGCACAGACCCAAGUAUAUGCAGGGAGGGCCCCCAAUAAGCAAACACUAAAGAUUUCUAGCACUGCCACUGCUUUUAAAGGCAGCCCUUGUUGAGCCUACCAGAGCAGCUGAUACGCCUGCAGAACAGGGAGCCAUUGUGUCUGAAACCGGGGCUGGAGCUUGUUUCUUGAAUUGUCUGGGAGCCCAGUAUCUGCCUGGAGAAAUCCAGGAAGUAGAAGACAACCUCCACAGGACUAGCCGGAGGCCAGCUUCGUGAACUGCAGCCUGGCAGCCUGGCCCAAGGUCCCCCUCGCCCUAGGAUGCUGGCUCUUCCUUCCCUCCUUUUACACACUCCCCACCCUACACAGGGGGAUACAGUGGGUACUGACUCUAAUUAUUGCCAGGAUAAACAUGGAACCAGACGUUUCUCUGUAACCUGCUAUGAAGGAAAAUGACAAGUGAUUAAGAAAUAAAUGUGUACUACACUGAAA